ACCAGUUUCGAACAUCUCGUCAGUUGCRGAAGAGGUGGAAGCUACAUACUUGCCGCGAUCUAGCUAAUAUCAAACGUUUUUCAGAUCUUCUUUUGCAAAUUUCGAAUGUUUUCUUUCACCAGGAUGUAAAGAGAAACUUAGAAAUGGCAUCAAGAAACCUCAAGCCUAAGAAUUCAUCCGAUUCUGAGGGUGAGGCAGAAUGGACAUUUAUCGAUACUGAUGAAGGGACGAUUGAAACAAGGAAAGACUCUGUCACCUAUCGCAAACCUACAUAUUCUGAGAUCCUAAAGGGAGUAGUCGCAGAGGAUUUGGCCGAGGAGGUUGACAGUGAACCMGAAUUCGAGGUCCUUGCUAGUUUCAAAUUCCGACCCAAGGGAGAAUCGUUUGGCCUUGGAAGCUCAGCUCCUAAACCUCCAAAGAAUGCAAAGGCGCAAGGAAAAGGAAGUAGUCAUGAAGUAGAUGAUGAUGAUGAAUCACCAAAUGGCGAYGAUUCAAGCUGUAGUGAUGAUGGCAUYAUGAUCAUUUCAAGUCAUUUAACUGGUGAAGAUAAAGCUGAUGAAGAWAGYAAUWGCAAAGUUCCAYYACAAGCUUCUAAUGAUAAUGAUURCAAUAAGAUUAAUAAUGCAGGAUCYMUGGAUGACAAKAGCAAAGAUARAGAGACCGAUGCURACAAGAACACACACGAUGAGGAUGAUGAYUUCGUAAUKACKGAURAAACUGAGUCUGAUUUUGAAGAAGCAACCAUGAAUAAUACCCCUGAUGACAAUGAAGAUGAUGAUAAAGAAUGCAAGAAAGAUGUUGAAUUAGACAAGGAAACACUUAGUGAAAGCACAGCUGACAGCUUGAAUGCAAGCACCAUAAAAGAGGCAACACCAUUGAAUGAGGAAAGCUAUGACAAYAACAGUGACAGUGACAGUGACAACCAUGACAAYAAUGAUGAUGGAUUCCUUGGCAUACACAAAGGAGGUAUAUGCGACAACCCAGAGAAAGACUUGGAUUGGGACAGCCUCACCUUUCAGCUACUAAGCACUUUACCGAGAUUGAGUCUCAGUACAAGCACUCUUGAAGAUGACAAUAAGAACCCUAGACCACAAGACRGCACCAUAGACAGCAUUCAAGACUCUGAUAGUGAAAGUGAUUCUCAUAGCAGUUAUGCUGCCAUUAGCCAAGACGACAAACAAGRCGAUACAUCAUCCUUCGACRAGCUGAGUGACUCAGCUGAUGUCAACAGGGACUUUAGUUCAGAACCWAUGAUUCCACAAUGGCUYUUUAAUGCUGAUAAGGAUGCCGAAGAUGAAAUAGAAUCAUUUGAUGAUGAUAGUGAUUACRUCAUCUCAGACAUAGAAGAGCUCAAAGAAUCUGGUCUAAUUCCACAGUGGUUCUUUGAUCCAAGCCACAAAGUACAUGUAGACAAAUCGGUUGAUGGGGGCUUUGAACUCAUCAACUCAGACCUAGAUGACCUAAAUAAGGAUCCAGUUAUUCCUGUCUGCAUUUACAACCCAAGCUACAAAGUAAUAGAUACAAAUGGAUCUUUCAAUGACGAUGUUGAAGAAAACAACCCAAUUAUCCCAGAAUGGUUUUUCGAUCCCAACUACAAAAUUCAGGACCUCAAUGAAAUGUUCGAUGAUGACACGGACUAUACUGAUUACACUGAUUAUGAUUCRGAUGAUGACCAUGACAGCUCAAUGACCUUACCCCGAUGGCUCUUYGAUAAAAACUUUAAACCUCCAGAUCAAAACGAGGAAGAAUUUUCCUGGCCUUCUCAGUUGUUUGUGGAUAUACCUACGUUUAUCAUUCUCCUCUGUUUGACCACAGCUCUUGGAUUUAGCAUUGGACACGGUUUGACAGUAUACUUAAGCAACCAAUCCAUCAACAGAAACGCAAAGUUACAAAACAUAGAAACGCCAGCAAAACAAUUCCCAAGCUCUCUAGAAGACCUCGGCUUGACGCCUGAAGAAAUAGCAAGAAUAGACUUGCUAAGACUCGAAGAUGAACUCCAUCAACAGAAAGAGGCAGACAUGUUAUCGAACCACCUCAGGUUUGAUCUAAGAGAAAUUUACAAAAGUCUYAAAGACAAGCACUAUCGUCUUCUUCGUAAUCAAAAAAGUACAGAGGAUCGACUUCAUAUCAGCAAGACCAUGUCUUGGUACUGGCGUAUGARGUACGAUGAAGAAAAGCGCCGAAACGAAGUGACAGGUUUACCUACGAACCUUCGGCCUAAGAACUUUAAGGACAUGGCGAACUUGGCGAGGAARACAAAGCUUGCGAAAAAAUGGAGGCGCCAAUACAAGGAAAAUUACACUGCACAAGGGCUAGGAAAGAGUAAUCCUUUGAACUCUAAUCUAAAAUGGCUCGUUAAGYCCUUGGAUGCAACGUUAAAACAAGAUAAGAGACUAGGCAGUCGAUACUUGAUGAAAGCGAUGRCUUUGUCAAAGGAUAAAGACAUGAAAAAUUUCAGAAAACGAUGGACACAAGACUUAAAAGACCUGAAGCAAAGAUCCUGUUGUUCGUAUCCGACGAAUAAGAGCAUCCAGUUGAAAAAUAAAACAGCGGUUUCAAGCCCAUUUACCUGGGUUAACGAUAGCCGGGAUUGUAAGCGAGCGAAGAGAAGCGAUAUCUUAGGUCUUUGCUCGACGAAAAAAUCUUCUUUGGAAAAAACGAAAAUUAAURAUCCAACUGCUGAAAAACCAGCUAAAAAGGACUCUGGGAGAAAAAACGAUGUAAAGUUUAGACCUUGCUUUUCAAAACCAAAGAAUAAUAGUAAAAUAAAGCAAACAUCGUCAAAAAAUAAAGGCAAAUUGUCUUCUAGAGUUAGUCGAGAUCCAAAAAGGAGUUCAGUUCAUCGCGCAAAUAGACAGGAGAAAGUUCGCAGCGAUAGGAUAAAGAAAAGAGAAUUAAAGAAAAAGGCUUUAAAGAUAAAAAAUCAAGUCGAUGAACUUAAAGCUGUUCUUGUUGAACUUCGUAGAGAAAGACGUAGAGCUGAAAAAGAAAAGGCUAAGUUAGAAGCAAGUUGGAGAAAAUUAAAGCGACAGCGUUUGCAGUUCGAGAAGGAAAGGAAGGAGAAACAGAAAAGUGAUGAAAAGAAGAACAAGAAAGUAACGUCUAAACUAACAAGAGAGAAAACUCGAUUGAAGACGUGGAAGAACGUUGCAAAAAGAGCUCAAAAGAAAGCCCAUACUUUGCACAAGAAUCUUAAACGUGUGUCUGUCGCAAAGCARGAGUUAAAAGAUAUCAAAAACAUCAAAAAGAACCUGAAAAUUGAGAAAAGAAAGCUUCGUGAGCAGCAAAAGAAUCUGAAAUCCAUAAAACRACAGUUAAGGAAGGAACAUCGAAAUUAUGCAAGAGAAAGAUGGAAGACGAAGAAAAAGCGUAGACAAUUGGAAAAACAAAGGAUUAAUGAAUCCGAACCAAUUAAAAAGAAAAAUAAAGCCAAGAAACAAGACAAGACAAGCACUAACCGGAAGAAAGCAGAGAAACACCAAAGUCAACGUUCUUCUACYAAACGCUCCCAGGACAAGAAAAAGCAAAAACCUCAAAAGAAGUUUUGGGAAAAUUUAGAAAAAAGUUUAUAUGAAUGGGCUCAAAAAGUCAACAGGACAAUAGAGCAUCAUCGUCGUGGAAAGGCGAGUAAAGUAUGGAAAAARUUGAGAGCUCAGUUCGAUAAGUUUGUGGCUUGGACGAAAGAACCAAAGGAAAAGGAAAAUAAGGUGAAGAAACAAGAGAAGACAAGGACUAACGGCAUGAAAACAGAGAAACGUCAAAGAGAACAGUCCUCUAACAAACACUCCGAGGAUAAAAAUAAGAAGCAAGCRCCUCGAAAGAAAUUUUGGGAAAAUGUARAAAAAAGUUUAUAUGAAUGGGCUCAAAAGGUCAACAGGACAAUACGGCAUCAUCGUCGAGGAAAAGCGAGUAAAAUAUGGAAAAAGUUGAGAGCUCAGUUCRAUAAUUUAGUAGCUUGGACGACAGGAAAGUAUUCCAAAGCAACGGGCCCAGUGAAGAAGAAGAAAGAGCAUCACUCAAAAAAUAAAAUUAAAAGUCCAGUGUUUGAGAAGAUUCUUGCAGAGCAGAUAAAGUAUGACGAAGAGAAAAGAAAUAGUCAAAAGGAUUCUGAAAAUCAAUGGAAAUCGAGGAGUCCGGUCGUCAACAAGAAUAAAAUAAAAGUUCAUGACGUGAAAAAGAAGAAGAAGAAGAAGAAGGAAAGAAAAAAGAAGGAUCCUGAGACGUCGUUAAAGCAACGGCAAAGAAAACAACGGAGAAAAUACCAGAGAGAACUUGAACGUCUUCAGCAAUGGGCUUUACAGAUGAAUGAGAAGAAACUGGAGCACGAGAGGAUCUAUAGAAAGAAAGAAAAAAAGAGCCGAAAACGUUUCAAAUCUGACAGAACUCAUCCCAAGCCUGGCACCAAAGAAGGUGCAGCAAAGGGACGGGAUUUGGUUUCGGUGGAAGAUUCAAAUAGUACGUUUAUGUUGUUGCUACAACCCCAGGCUAGCACGUCCGCAGACUACAAGACUCCAAAAGAUACAAGAAAAGAAAAAUCUAGAUACCAAGACAAGGAGAGUAUCAUUCGAGAAGUGACGAAGUCGCAGAUAAACCACAAAUUGAACGAGAAGAAAACACAGACAGGUGUGACUCUUCCAUUAGAAGAUGAUGUCAUAAAGCUACCGGAUGACGUCAAUAAUGGAAAAGAACCAAGUARUYCCUUGGAUGUGACGUCAUUUGGWGAUGAAAGUYGCAGUGGCCAAGAGCCAACUCCUCCAUCUUUCAGUCCUACUUUCUACAAAGAUUUUCCCAUUAUUGGAAUCAUAAAUGACGCAAAGCGUAAAAGAGAUGGGUCUAUUGGUGAAGCGGAWAUCUUAUCUUCUGACAGUCCCAAAGUUCCUGAAAACUCGCAGAACGGUGGCAAUGGCCAGCGGACUGAUCCUUGGUACAUGCGCAGAGCUGAACAACGKGAGGAAUUCCAKGAUACUGACACAGGUCUUACGUUGUCUCCUCGUCUCGUUGGUCCUUUGAAGUCCGACGGCACGUGGUUUUUCCAAAGAUCCAGCGAUCGCGCCUUACAGCGAAAAUUAUAUGAGCCCUUGAACAGACAGAGCACGAGGGAUGGAUUUAAACAUAACGCUUGGAGGUCCUAUUUCCAUCGCGGGAGACKUCGGAGCGCAAUGAACGAUGGGGAGUGGGUGUUUGAGCGAGCAAGCGAUCGUGCUGAACAGCGGUCUAAUGACGAGCCUUGGUACAUGCGCCGUGCGGAGGGCAGAAAAGAAGACCGAGAGGAGAACAAAGAUUCGUGGUUCAUUGAACGUGGUUUCGACCGAGAYAUUCUACAUCAUUACGACGAGGAUGAUGAAGAUGAUGACCUGAUGAAUGAUUACGAURAUUAUGCUGAUCAUGGCUUUGAUGAAGAAUAUGAAGAUCCAUGGYUUUAAAACAAUCCACCGAAUGGAAACCUUAGUAAUAUUAGCACAUUUAACGAGGUAAAAUAUCCCAAUAUGUURAGCAAAUGUUUUAGAAUCUCGUUAUUAAAUUAGUCCAGGCCCGUCUCUAGAGGUGGUACGAUGGUCCAGCCCCACCCCUCCCUUCUCCUCUCCUCUCCUCUCCUCUCUAUGCAAAACAUGCAAGAAGAUUCAAUAACGCAAUAAUAUGUUUAUCAAGAAAUGGCAWAACUAAGAUUGGUAGAAAAACGAACCUCCCUUUUCAAGUUUAUAGCUACGGGGUGGAAUUUCCUUCUCAAACAAAUACAAUACUUCCAUUUCGAGUUCGCCUUUGCUCAGUCUUAGCCUCGAUUGUGUACAAUUGUGUUCUUUUCUUUCAUUAAGGUCCAUUGUAUAGUAAGCAAUGUACGCACUACGGAACAAUACGAGUUGAUUAAAAUGCCACGGGUUUUGGUUGAAUAGCUGAAUAUUAUAACGUACAAACGAGACUAAGACUGAGCAAAGAGAACUCGAAACUGGAGUAUUCUAAAAUAGAAUAUAGUUUAGGCAGGGUUAGCCUUGUGAUCAGUUUACAUUCAAAACUAAAACUUUCCUGCAAGAGAUUGCAUCAAGAUUGUCCUUUUUGUCUCUGCCGUAACUUUUGUUCAUUUUUGAUAGGAAAAAAGGCUAGCCCUGCCUUCAUGGCCAUGCGUAAAUAAUUAGCCUAGACGGAACAAUACGUUAUGUAUUGUAAUCUCGAAAAAAAAUAACUUAACAUCUAGGGACUUAGUCCUCCACAGUCAUUUCUUCCCAACCUUCUAGCUGUGGGCUUCCUGUCCAAAGCGGGAGCAGAAAAGACUAGGGGAGGACAGAGAGUAGAAAAAUAUUCGUCCACCAGUAGAGAGACAAGAGUGAUGUUGGGAGAAGGCUUAUUCAACCAAUACCAAAUCACAAUUUGGGCAUCAGUUUAUGAGAUUAGAUUCAAAAAUUGCAGAUUUUUUUCUUAAUUUUUAAAUUCUCGGGGUUUUUUUGGGGGAGUGGGGAGAAUUUGAUGGUAUUUUCUUUCUGGUUUAUUUUGCUUUUUAAGAUAUUGUCUUUUUGAGGGGAAGGUAAGCUGGUUAGUUUUUUAUUUGUGGUGAAAAUCGGACAAUUUUGGKUUUUUUUUCCAUGUAUGUGUUUGUUUGCUUCGAAAAAAAAAUUUCGAGGCCUUUUUCAAAUUGAAUUUCAAGCUAUCGUAUAAUUGAGAAAAGAAUCGAAUGUCAAGGCAUCUUGCAAUUGUUUUUAAACUAAAUUAAAGGGGUCAACAACCUUCGUAACACGACCGUUCGUUUUGAACUCCGCACAAACCUCCUUAAUACGACCUUAACACUACCAUUUUGGAAACUUUACGAUGCGACCGUGUAAAGAACGAAAUCACUAAUAAGUUAACAUGUUUAUUACGACCUACGUAACAUUGGUCUCAGGACCUGCGUAAUACGACCUCAUGUAUACGACCACUAAUCCUUACGUUUGAAACAAUGUUAAAAGGGUAAAUUAUACACCGUGAAAAGAUGAAAAAACCUACUGACGUUUCGGGCGCUAGUCCUUCGUCGGAGUAAAAGAGGAAAGUUUGAAUUUUUUUUUUUUUUUUCACGUGAAAAUAAGUUUUUAUUUUGUUUACAUAAAAAUCUGGAUCUCACCUCAAUGUUAAAGUUUAAAAAAUUUCAAAUGCUUUUUUCUUUGUCAAGUAAGAGUACUUUAGUUCAUUUCCAUGUAUGCAGUGUGUGUGGGAGAGAGCAGGGGARAGAAUUGAAGUUCAUUGCAUUUUUUUCCUUUUUUUUGGCUUUCUUUUGGGGGGAGGCAUUUUAGUGGUUUUUAUAUUUUUGUUAGUUUGUUUUUUAAGUUUGGGCAAUUUUUUUAUCGCAAACGAUGUUUACAGUUAAAAGAAGCAAAUUCAAAAUAGUAAUUGACAAAAAAAUUGAUAACAUUUUUUGAAACCACUUUAAAGUUCUUCCUUGAAGUCAGUCUUAACUUACACGAAUGUGAAAAUAUUUUUUCUGUGACUUUUUUUCAGUUCCGUUUUUCUGAUAUAUUAAACUAUUUUGCUUAAAAACUAAUUCAUGUUGACUAAAAUGUAAUUGGAAUUUGAUUUGACAGCAGAUCACUGCCCAGCCUUAUUUAGACCAAAAUGAGAAACGUUCUAAAGGUUUCUUGGCAGGGAUUCACUGCAGCACUAGAGUGGUUUUCGUGCAGCACUUGAGUGGUUUUCUUGCAGCACUCGAGUAGCUUUCGCUUAUUACUAGAGUGGUUUUCGUUUAGCACUCGAGUGGUUUCCGCUGCUGGCCUUCAAAUUUCUUGAUAUUCAUAUUUUCAAGGUUUUCGAUUCUUUUUCAAGGGGAAAUGAGUUAAAUUACCAGAAUAUUCUAUUAUUAUGGCAAUAACGAGUUGCUACAUCUAAGGAUAGGUAUAUUUUGAGUUCUAACAUUUAUAUGAAAAAAAUCACAUCCGAUGCAAAGAUUUUAAAAGCGAUAUCGAAGCUUCUCUUUUCGGUUGUCGGUCAAAAAGUUACACUUUCAACUUUCCAUCGAACAAACCUCCUUUAACUUUCGCAAAACGUUACAAAGAUUUUUUUUAAAACCAACCCCAGUAAAUUGCGAGAUGCCUUGGUACUUUCUGUCAGGGUGUGGUCCCAAUUUCGUGAAACUAUUCUAGACAUUUUGUUCGUUUGUCUUUAGAUUCUUUCUUUUUCCAGGGUUAAAAUCAAUUUGGUAAUUUCAUGAAGUAUGUGAUUUAAAAUAGCUUCAGUUUUUUCAUAACCGUUACGCCCAUAUUUUCUAAAUUGUUGAAUAAGCUUCUCCCUUUCUCUCCUCUCUCCUGGCUCCUAUGUCUCUCUCUCAAGGGAUUUUUAAGUCUCUAUAAAGUUAGGAUUAAGGAUUCAAAGCUAUUGAAAAGGGAGAGUGUUCCAUUAGCUUAGUGUGAAAAGUGAUGAUCUUCAAACAGCGCAAUUUUUCUACGGGUUUUUAAAUUAGGUAUUAGACUUUAUAAACAACACUAAAAAAGAAUUUAUAUUUAUUUCUGUUGGUUAAGGCCAACAGACUCAAAAAAAUGUCAAAAUUCUUAAGACAAUUUAUUUGUCCAAAACGAAGAAUUUCAUUUGGUUUUGUGAAGUAAACUUCUAUUUAAUAUCAUAGCUUUUUUAACUUUGUUUGUAAGGUGCUCUUCUGACAAAAUGUACUAGCAAAGUAGACAUAUUAUUAAGAUUAUGCUUUCAUUGCUAAGCUAAUAUCUUUAAGGGUGGUUCUGUUGAUAUGGCUAUGAAGUUGUCUUCAAAUUGCUCUGUGGAUCGACAUAUCUAACGAAAGAGCAAGGAAAAUCUUACGGAAUUUAAGCUAGAUAUUUACCAACUAUGUCUAUGUUAAUUGAUUUUACAAUCUAUACUAUUUGUGGCUUAUUUUAUUUUUGGGCUAUUUCCAUUAAAAAAAUUCACGAAGCUUUGUUUUUCGCUGGGGAUUUAUUGCGAUUUGGAUUCGCCUUUUAUGAUAUAACCUUCGUUUAUUUGUGUGCUGGGCUUUUGGGUAUAAAUUCAAAAAAAAAAAAAAGAAGAGAUAAUUGUCGAACUCUUGCGCGCGCUACCCGAAGUAAAGUGUAAAUGACUUGAUACAUAAAUGAUUUUCCUAAUUCUAUAAACCUUUAUAUAUCUUUUUACCAAUUUGAACAUAAUAUAUAUUCGUGUGAAAAUAAACUUUUGAUAUAUAUCCACAUAUGUACCUACCCUUUGCUUGACUUUGAGUUUGACUCGUGUUAUAAUUAGUUGUAUAAAUCCUAAUAAAAUUGAAAUUAAA